GGGAGGGGCAGGAGCGGCCCAGCCCUGGUGUCAUCAGCAGCAGGGAGUGUCCCCUGUGCACAUUGGCCCGGCCGGGGCUGAGCCGUGGUGGGGCUGCUAUAAAAGGCCUGGCCGGGCCAGGCUGUGCCAAGCUGCUCUGGCCACCUUGUCCUCGGGGAAAAGGAGCUCCAGCGCAUCCCUGGCCGAGAUGUCCUGCUACGAGCUGUGCCCCCCCAAAGGCAGCGUGGCUGUGCCCAAGCCCAGCGUGGCUGUGCCCCAGCCCAUCGCCGAGAGCUGCAACGAGCUGUGCGCCCGCCAGUGCCCCGACUCCACGGCCUUCAUCCAGCCGCCCCCCGUGGUGGUCACCUUCCCCGGCCCCAUCCUCAGCUCCUUCCCCCAGCAAGCCGUGGUGGGCUCCGCCGGAGCCCCCGCCUUUGGGGGCUCCCUGGGGCUGGGGGGCCUCUAUGGCCAAGGGGCCACCCAGGCCUCGGGGGGCCUCUGCACCUUUCCCACAGCCUGCGCUGCUCCCGCCUGCAGCCCUUGGCUCCUGCCCCGCUACUCCAGGAAAAUCUGGGACACCUGCGGGCCCUGCUAGACCCAGCCCACACCCCACUGACAGCGCUCACCACGCUCCACAACCCACCAGCUGCACAACAGCCCUUGGCCUCCUCCAGCCCGGCACCACCAGCCUGCCUGGCUCUUGCCCACCAUCUCUCUCACACUCUCUCCUGACCCUCUCUGCUCAAUAAACUUUUCCUGCAGUCAA